AUGUGGCCGGAGUGGUUGAGAUCACCAAGCAGGGCUCACAUUUCAGCAACAAAGCCACCGGCGACAUCGCAAGGUCCGCCAAAAUCACCAAGGUACUUCUCUUGCUCUUCUCUCAAAGACGUCAACACCCUUCUUCUAGAAGAACCACAGAGCAGAUCCAUAUGCAAACCCGAAUCGCCUAGAAGCCCCUCCGUUUUCCACCGGGUUCGGAUUGCUACCUCGCUCCUCCGUAACCACCGCUACCACUACUCAAAACCACCUAUCAUUUUAUCAUCACCAGCUAACAGUGAUGACCAUGACCUUAUUCUCUACUUCACUACCCUCCGUGUUGUCCGUAAAACCUUUGAGGAUUGCAGGACUGUUAGAUCAAUCCUCCGUGGAUUUCGCGUCCCAAUCGACGAACGAGAUUUGUCGAUGGAUGGUAGGUAUUUAGAUGAGUUGCAGGCAAUAACAGGGUCUAAAAGAGUCUCAUUGCCAGUAGUUUUUAUAGGAGGGAAAUAUGUCGGUGGGGCUGAAGAGAUUAAAGAGAUGAAUGAGAGCGGUGAGUUGAAGAAGUUGAUCCAUGAAUUACCGUUUGUUGAAACUAACGUCUGUGAGCUUUGUGGAGGGCUGAGAUUUAUUCUCUGCGAACAUUGCAAUGGUAGCCAUAAGAUCUAUAUAGAGAAGUAUGGGUUUAGAAGCUGCACAGUUUGUAAUAUCAACGGUCUGAUUAGAUGUCCACUGUGUUUUCCGGUGAACCUGCGGCGCGCGUCAUUGUCAUAG